AAAAAAAUAAAAAAUCACAAACCCUAGUUUCAGCUAUAAAUUCAUUUUCUUCUGCUUAAACCCUAUUCUUCUCACAGUUCAGUUCACUGUUGUAAACCUUUGUCGCCGUUAACACCAAUCUUUGCAAUCUCUUGAACAUGGCUCCUCCUCGAGGUCGUGGUGGGUUUGGAGGAAGAGGAGGUGACAGAGGAGGAAGAGGUGGUGGCGGAGGUAGAGGUUUUGGUGGAGGAAGAGGAGGAGAUUUUAAGCCUCGUGGUGGUGGUAGAGGUUUUGGAGGUGGCAGAGGAGCCCGUGGAGGAGGAAGGGGUCGUGGUGGCGGAAGAGGUGGAAUGAAAGGAGGUAGCAAGGUUGUUGUUGAGCCUCAUAGACACGAAGGUAUUUUCAUUGCUAAGGGUAAAGAAGAUGCUCUUGUUACUAAGAAUCUUGUUCCUGGUGAGGCUGUUUAUAAUGAGAAGAGAGUUUCUGUGCAGAAUGAGGAUGGUACAAAAGUUGAGUAUAGAAUUUGGAACCCUUUCCGCUCCAAGUUGGCAGCUGCUGUCCUUGGUGGUGUUGACAACAUAUGGAUUAAACCUGGUGCUAAAGUCCUUUACUUAGGAGCUGCUUCUGGGACAACUGUCUCUCAUGUGUCCGAUAUUGUUGGUCCAACCGGAGUUGUGUAUGCAGUAGAAUUCUCCCAUCGAAGUGGACGUGAUUUGGUUAACAUGGCUAAGAAACGUACUAAUGUCAUUCCAAUUAUUGAGGAUGCUAGACAUCCAGCCAAGUAUAGAAUGUUAGUUGGCAUGGUAGAUGUCAUAUUUUCUGAUGUUGCUCAGCCUGAUCAGGCUAGAAUAUUAGGGCUGAAUGCUUCAUAUUACCUCAAAGCUGGAGGCCACUUUGUUAUAUCCAUCAAGGCCAAUUGCAUUGAUUCGACAGUCCCUGCCGAGGCAGUGUUCAGCAGUGAGGUGAACAAGUUGAAGGCAGAUCAAUUUAAGCCAUUUGAGCAAGUCACUCUCGAACCAUUUGAGAGGGACCAUGCUUGUGUUGUUGGUGGAUACAGAAUGCCUAAGAAGAAAAAAGAUGCUGAAUAGUCUAGCCUGCUUUUGAUAAAGCAUGUAAUUCUGUAACUUUAGCAACCUAGGAUAUUUUUGAUGACAAUGCAACCUAGGAUUUCAAUUUUGUUUUAAGGAAUUCUCUCCUAGUAUACUCUUAUUGUGUGUGAUAUGUGUUUAGAGUUUGUUUGCUUAAUAAUUUGUUUUAUAAUUUGCCAA